AUGCCGAUUCUGACCAAGGAGACCAGCGCGGACAAACAGGAAUUUCCCAAGAUCCCGGUUCCUCCUCUGGACCAGACUCUGGCCACGUACCUGAAAUGUGUCCAGCACCUUGUUCCCGAAGACCAGUUCAGGAAGACCUCAGCAGCUGUGGAGAGGUUUGGCUCCUCUGGGGGUGUGGGGGAGCUACUGCAGAGGAAGCUCCAGGAGAGGAGGGACCAGAAGGACAACUGGGUGUAUGAUUACUGGUUGGAGGACAUGUACCUGAACAAUCGUCUGGCUCUCCCGGUGAACUCCAGUCCUGCCAUGGUUUUCCCCAAACAGAACUUCAGAGACACCAGGGAUGCACUCAGGUUUGCGACUCGGAUCAUCAGAGGAGUGCUGGAUUACAAAGCUCGCAUCGACGCAGAGGACCUGCCGGUGGACGUGGCCCGUGGUCAGCUGGCCGGGACACCCAUGUGUAUGCAGCAGUACAGACGCCUCUUCAGCUCCUACAGAUAUCCGCACCAGAACCAGGACUCUCUCUCUGUCAAAGUGGAUUGUGCUGGUCCGGAACACAUGGUCGUGGCCUGCAAAAACCAGUUCUUUGUGUUGGAAACCCUUCUAAACGAUGAACCGAUGACGGACGCAGAGAUUUUUUCACAACUGGAUAAAAUCAUGAAACUGGCAGAAGAGCAGAGAGCGCCCCCUGUGGGUCUAAUGACGUCUGACGGGAGGGACCAGUGGGCUGAGGCCAGAGACACACUGCUCACAGACCCAGUGAACCGGACUUCCUUAGACCUGCUUGAGUCUAGCUUGUGUCUGGUGUGUCUGGAUGAACCAUGUGGGGCUCUGGACCAGAACGACUCCAGCCGAGCGGCCUCCAUGCUGCAUGGGGGCGGGUCCCAGAGGAACGGGGGGAACCGCUGGUACGACAAAUCCAUGCAGUUUGUGGUGGGUCUGAACGGUGUGUGUGGAGUGGUUUGUGAACACUCACCGUUUGAAGGAAUCGUCCUGGUCCAGUGCUCAGAGUUUCUCCUUAAAUACAUAAUCGGGAGUCCGUCUAAAAUGUCGACAGUCGUCAGUGGGAAGUCGUUGCCGGUUCCAAAACGACUCGAGUGGAAAAUCUCUCCUCAGAUUCCAGGAUUCAUCUCAGCGUCAGCAGCGAGACUCAACAGGCUGGUGAAGAACCUGGACAUGGACGUGUUUCGAUUCACCGCCUACGGAAAAGACUUCAUCAAGAAACAGAAGAUGAGUCCAGACGCCUACAUCCAAGUGGCCUUACAGCUCGCCUUCUACAAGUGUAAUCGCAGACUGGUUCCCACGUACGAGAGCGCCUCCAUGAGGCGAUUCAGAGAAGGACGUGUGGACAACAUCCGAUCGGCCACAAAGCAGGUGCUGGCAUUUGUUCAGUGCAUGAGCCAAAGCACCUCCCAAGAGAGAGCAGCUGACGACACAGAGAAGAUGCAGAAGCUAAAAGACGCUAUCCGCACUCAGACUGACAACACCAUCGCGGCCAUCACUGGGAACGGCAUCGACAACCACCUGCUGGGGCUGCUGCAAGUGUCCAGAGACCUGAAGAUGGAGAAACCAGAACUGUUCUGUGACCAGACCUACGUGACCAGCAAUCAGUUCAUCCUCUCCACCAGCCAGGUGCCGACCACAGUGGACAUGUUCUGCUGUUAUGGUCCCGUGGUUCCAAACGGGUACGGCGCCUGCUACAACCCGCAGUCCGACCACAUAGUGUUCUGCGUGUCCAGCUUCAGAGAGAGCACUGAGACCUCUUCCGCAGUGUUCUCCACCGCCCUGAAGGAGGCGCUGUCCCAGAUCAGAGCCCUGUGUGUGAGGGCCCACCAACCCAGCCCCAGCCCAGCCCAAAAACCCAGCCCGAGUCCUGCUCACAAACCCAGCCCGAGUCCUGCCGAAAAACCCAGCCCGAGUCCUGCCCACAAACCCAGCCCCAGUCCAGCCAACAAACCCAACCCCAGUCCAGCCAACAAACCCAACCCCAGUCCAGUCAACAAACCCAGACCAGCCCAAGGCCCGCGGAAUCGUGAGGAGAGAGGAGUCCCAGCGGAACGGGACGACCAGGUCAGAGAUGAGGAGACAGAGGAGACAGAAAAGGCAGAGGAGACAGAGGACGAGACAGAGGAGGAGGAGAUGAUUUUGAGGGACAUAGGAGAACAUCUGGAGGAGCACAGGGACAGAGGGGACAGAGGAGAACAUCUGGAGGAGCACAGGGACAGAGGAGAACAUCUGGAGGAGCACAGGGACAGAGGAGAACAUCUGGAGGAGCACAGGGACAGAGGAGACAGAGGAGAACAUCUGGAGGAGCACAGGGACAGAGGAGAUAGAGGAGAACAUCUGGAGGAGCACAGGGACAGAGGGGACAGAGGAGAACAUCUGGAGGAGCACAGGGACAGAGGAGAUAGGAUAGAGGAGCACAGAACAUCUGGAGGAGCACAUCAGGGACAGAGGGGACAGAGGAGAACAUCUGGAGGAGCACAGGGACAGAGGAGAACAUCUGGAGGAGCACAGGGACAGAGGAGACAGAGGAGAACAUCUGGAGGAGCACAGGGACAGAGGAGAACGAGCACAGGGACAGAGGAGACAGAUGAGAACAUCUGGAGGAGCACAGGGACAAAGGAGAUAGAGGAGAACAUCUGGAGGAGCACAGGGACAGAGGAGAUAGAGGAGAACAUCUGGAGGAGCACAGGGACAGAGGGGACAGAGGAGAACAUCUGGAGGAGCACAGGGACAGAGGAGACAGAGGAGAACAUCUGGAGGAGCACAGGGACAGAGGAGAACAUCUGGAGGAGCACAGGGACAGAGGAGACAGAGGAGAACAUCUGGAGGAGCACAGGGACAGAGGAGACAGAGGAGAACAUCUGGAGGAGCACAGGGACAGAGGAGAACAUCUGGAGGAGCACAGGGACAGAGGAGAACAUCUGGAGGAGCACAGGGACAGAGGAGACAGAGGAGAACAUCUGGAGGAGCACAGGGACAGAGGAGAUAGAGGAGAACAUCUGGAGGAGCACAGGGACAGAGGAGAACAUCUGGAGGAGCACAGGGACAGAGGAGACAGAGGAGAACAUCUGGAGGAGCACAGGGACAGAGGGAGACAGAGGAGAACAUCUGGAGGAGCACAGGGACAGAGGAGAUAGAGGAGAACAUCUGGAGGAGCACAGGGACAGAGGAGAUAGAGGAGAACAUCUGGAGGAGCACAGGGACAGAGGGGACAGAGGAGAACAUCUGGAGGAGCACAGGGACAGAGGAGACAGAGGAGAACAUCUGGAGGAGCACAGGGACAGAGGAGACAGAGGAAAACAUCUGGAGGAGCACAGGGACAGAGGAGAUAGAGGAAAACAUCUGGAGGAGCACAGGGACAGAGGAGAUAGAGGAAAACAUCUGGAGGAGCACAGGGACAGAGGAGAUAGAGGAGAACAUCUGGAGGAGCACAGGGACAGAGGAGAUAGAGGAAAACAUCUGGAGGAGCACAGGGACAGAGGAGAUAGAGGAGAACAUCUGGAGGAGCACAGGGACAGAGGAGACAGAGGAGAACAUCUGGAGAACAUCUGGAGGAGCACAGGGACAGAGGAGACAGAGGAGAACAUCUGGAGGAGCACAGGGACAGAGGAGACAGAGGAGAACAUCUGGAGGAGCACAGGGACAGAGGAUUUUUGA